UGAGAUAAACAUGUGCAUUUACACUUUUCAUUUGUGCUAUUAAUGCAAGAAAGAGGAGUGUAUAGCAACCCAAGAUGUGAUUUAUAGGAUGAUUGACACAUCGAGUGUAUAAUUCAUUUCAGUCAUGAGGAAAUGAAGACUCAAUGGGAGCAUCCCAAAACUGGGAAGAAGAAACGCUGUGCUGGAGCUUUGCCAUAUGGAUGGGAGCAGGAGACCGAUGAUAAAGGCCAAAUCUUCUAUGUUGACUACAUCAACAAGCGCACAACGUAUUUUGACCCUCGGCAGGCCUUCACUAUAGAGGACCUGCAGGUGAAACCCAAACGCUACGACGGGAACAGCACGGCUCUGGAGAUCCUGCAUGCUCGAGAUCUGUCUGACAGAGUGGUGCUGAUCACCGGAGCAAACUCUGGCAUCGGUUUUGAGACUGCCCGAUCUUUCGCUCUUCAUGGUGCUCAUGUGAUCCUAGCAUGCCGAAACCAAAGUCGUGCCAGUAAAGCAGUGAGUCUGAUCACGGAGGAAUGGCGCAAAGCCCGUGUUGAAGCCAUGACGCUGGAUUUGGCUUCCUUGAGGAGCGUCCGAGAGUUUGCGGAGAUCUUCAAAGCCAGGAAACUGCCGUUGCACAUCCUGGUGUGUAAUGCAGCGGUUUGCACACAGCCCUGGAAUUUAACGGAGGACGGGCUGGAAACCGCCUUUCAGAUCUGUCAUCUUGGCCAUUUCCACUUGGUUCAGCUCCUGCAGGACGUCCUGCGGCACUCCGCUCCGGCUCGGGUGGUGGUGGUUUCCUCAGAGUCUCACAGGUUCACAGAUCUGGUGGACUCGUGUGGGAAGGUGGAGCUGAACCUGCUUUCACCUCCACCGAAGGAGUACUGGUCAAUGCUAGCCUACAACCGUGCCAAACUCUGCAACAUCCUCUUCUCCAGCGAGCUGCACCGCCGCAUGUCGCCCCACGGCGUCACCUGUAAUGCACUACAUCCUGGGAACAUGAUGUACACCUCCAUCCACCGCAGCUGGUGGCUCAUGACCCUGCUCUUCACCUUCGCACGACCCUUUACCAAGUCUAUGCAUGUAAGCAGCUCUCUGGAGGAAAAGUGGGAUGAGGAGGUUAGGGAUGAUCGGGAAAGGUAUCAGCUCCAUACAUCUGCAGAUCCAUGCAUCUCACAUCGGUAAUGACCGGCUCUGCCUGCUUGGAAACACCUCUGCACCCCGAGAGCAUCAGAACUGAGGAUUUCAGCUCGGAUUGUGUUUUUGUUGGACUGAUGCGGGCUUUGAGACUAAGAUUCACUAAUGUAUUUGACCACGGGAACGAAAGCAGAUUCAUGGUUGAGGAAAGGGCCACUUCCUGUCAGAUUUCUGCAUGCAAGACAAACAAAUGUACAUGUGAACAGGAAUAUUGCAAGAUCAGCGUGUAUAACAGCUUGUACUUUGUGUAUUAACAGACCAUUAGCACACCCAGUGAUUUUGGUUUGGUUUUUAGUUCUUGUUUGUUUUGUUUUGUGGUGGUGUUCUGUUUUGUUUGCCCACUUGAAAGCAUAUCUACCCUAUACAUAUCUGACAUCUUACGCAUGUUUUUUUUUUGGCCUAUCUAUCUAUCUAUCUAUCUAUCUAUCUAUCUAUCUAUCU